UCUGAGAGGAGCCACCACAACAAAACUUCUCCAACUAUCAAGAAAGUGGAACUACAGACUGGCUUCUCUGCUUUUCUCCCCGCAUGGCUGCUGAGUUUUUUGCUAAUAUAGGCUAACUUGUGCAGCAGACAGCUCUGGUGGCGGAGGAAGAGGGGGGUCCCCGCUGGUAAAGAUGGACCAUUUAAUAAGGAGCAGGUCACGCAGGAGAACACCGCUAUUUAUUUUGAUUCUACUUCAUGUAACGACGACACAAGCAGCUGAUCCCAUUAAUGUUCUGCGAGUGUUGGAGCUGUCAGAAAACAUGGAGGGGGUGUCUUUUGAGGCUGGUCUCUGCACAAGCAGGAGGGGCAUGGAGGAGACAGACCUGGCCUACAAGAUUGACAAAAAGAUCCAGCUCAGUGCUCCCACCAAACAGCUCUUCCCAGACUCUAAAUUUCCAGAGAAUUUCUCCCUGAUGUCUACAUUACGAGCUAAAAAGGGCUCCCAGUUCUUCCUGCUUUCAAUCUAUGACGACCAGGGGGUGCAGCAGCUGGGGCUAGAAGUGGGCCGCUCACCUGUCUUCCUGUAUGAGGAUCAGCAUGGAAAGCCCACACCAGAAAUGUACCCUAUCUUCAAGAAGAUCAACCUAGCUGAUGGAAAAUGGCACAGGAUAGCCUACAGCGUGCAGGACAAGUCUGUGACGCUGUACUUGGACUGUCAGCAGGUGGAGACUCUGGAUCUGCUGCGAGGGGACAACGCUGUUGUCAGUACUGAGGGUGUCACUGUCUUUGGAACACGGCUACUGGAUGAGGCUGUAUUUGAGGGAGAAAUUCAGCAGCUCCUGAUUCUGGAAGACCCCCAGGCUGCUGCCAACUACUGUGCUAACUACAUACCAGACUGUGACUCUGCUUUGCCCUACAACAGCCAAGCCCUGGAGCUGGAGGAGAACACCCAACAUGCAGAAGAUGCCAUGAUGCAAAGUGACCAGCCCAGUGAACAACAGGAGGACAAGAAAGGCAAAAAGAAUAAAAAGAAGAGAGACAAGGGCUCAAAAGGCAAAGGCAAGCGCAAGGGCAAGGGGAAGAAAGGAUCCAGAAAGAAAAAACAUGAAGAGGAGGGUCUUGAAGAUGGCUUCCUCAGGGUGUCCACUACACUACCUGAGUAUCUAUCCCAGGAACCUUUUAAACCCACAGAGAUGCCAGAAACUGAGAGCAUCCUAGAGACUAUCAUCCCCACUGAAAUCUUCUACAAAUCCAUCGUGGAAAUGCCCACACAUAAGCCUGACUCCACCACUGAGGCCCUCACUGUUGUGCCCAGUGCUUUUCCCGAAUCAGAGGUUACAGAGGAGGAGGACAAGCCAGUGAAGAAGCCAGUGGUAGAGGAGUAUGGAGAUGACCUUUAUGCAGACCUCUAUGAUGAUCUCUCUGUUUCCACGGUAACAAUUGGUCCAAAUGUGACAGAAUAUGAGACUCUUGAAUAUGAAGAUUACAAGAAUGACACAGAGUCAUCAUAUGAAGAGUAUGAAAUAUACGAGGACGGCUUUGACUUUGCAGAGCGGGAAGGUGCACAGAUGUGGGAUGGAGAGGCCAGUCUCAGAGCAGAGAAAGGCCAGAAGGGAGAGCCAGCUGUCAUUGAGCCGGGUACAUUAGUGGAAGGACCCCCAGGCCUGUCAGGACCACAGGGACUCGCAGGCCCUGCUGGACCAAUAGGCUCUCCAGGACCCAGGGGAGAUCCUGGUGAAAGGGGUCCCCCAGGACGUCCUGGCCUUGCAGGGGUUGAUGGAAUUCCAGGUCCCCCUGGAACAUUAUUGAUGCUACCAUUCCGGUAUGGAGGUGAUUCCCAAAAAGGACCAGUGGUAUCCCCUCAGGAGGCCCAGGCUCAGGCCAUCUUGCAACAGGCUCAGCUGUCACUGAAGGGGCCUCCGGGCCCAAUGGGUCUCACAGGGCGACCCGGACCGCUGGGUGUUCCAGGUCCCACUGGGCUCAAAGGAGACAGCGGCGACUCUGGACCUCCUGGGCCACGUGGGUUGCCAGGCCCUCCAGGAAUCAAUGGGAAGGCAGGAAAGAGGGGGCGUGCAGGAGUGGAUGGAGGCCGUGGAGCUCCAGGUGAAACAGGUUCUAAGGGUGACAGAGGUUUUGACGGCCUGCCAGGUCUUCCAGGAAACAAAGGACACAGAGGGGACAGAGGAAAGCCUGGUCCUUAUGGGCCCAUCGGGGAGCCAGGAGAAAAGGGAUCUGAUGGACCUGUGGGGCCAAGAGGGCAACCAGGUGAACCUGGUCCUCGGGGUCUUGUCGGACCAAGGGGGCCACCUGGCCCACCUGGCCAGCCGGGUAUUACUGGAACUGAUGGAGCUCAAGGGCCAAAAGGCAACCAGGGUCAAGCUGGAGAGAUUGGACCCCCAGGCCAACAGGGAAAUCCAGGAGUUCAGGGCUUGCCUGGUCCUCAGGGUCCCAUCGGAGUGCCGGGAGAGAAGGGUCCCCAGGGGAAACAAGGCAUGCAGGGACUACCGGGUAUUGAUGGCCCUCCUGGUCACCCAGGCAGAGAAGGACCAACUGGAGAGAAAGGCAUUCAAGGUUUACCAGGUGCUCAAGGGCCUGUCGGAUACCCAGGGACCCGUGGUGUCAAGGGAGCAGAUGGAGUCAGGGGUCUAAAGGGGAGCAAAGGAGAGAAGGGAGAAGACGGCUUCCCUGGAUUCAAGGGUGACAUGGGCAUCAAAGGAGACAGGGGUGAUAAUGGAGCACCUGGUCCUCGUGGAGAAGAUGGACCAGAGGGAUUAAAAGGCCAGGCUGGACCUAUGGGAGAUGCAGGAGGUCCGGGGAUAGCAGGGGAGAAGGGUAAACUUGGCGUGCCUGGAUUGCCUGGUUACCCAGGAAGACAAGGUCCUAAGGGAUCUCUUGGCUUCCCUGGUAUGCCUGGGGUCAUAGGAGAGAAAGGACGAAGGGGUCCAGCUGGUCAACCAGGUUCUGGCGGACAAAGAGGUCCUAAUGGAGCCCGGGGGGGCAGAGGAGCGAAGGGACCCACUGGAAAGCCUGGAGAAAAGGGUUCUGCUGGACAGGAUGGCCCCCCGGGAUCACCUGGAGAACAGGGCCCCCAAGGUCCACAGGGAAGACAUGGAGAACCAGGACCUAAAGGGCCUAAUGGGCCACCAGGAAAAGAUGGAUUACCAGGUCAUCCAGGCCAGCGAGGGGAACCAGGUUUCCAAGGCAAGAAUGGACCCCCUGGCCCACCAGGUGUUGUUGGACCACAGGGUAAAUCUGGUGAGACAGGGCCAACUGGAGAUAGAGGCCAUCCAGGUUCACCUGGACCACCAGGUGAGCAUGGAUUACCAGGGUCUGCCGGAAAGGAGGGUGCCAAGGGAGACCCAGGUCCACCAGGAGCUUCAGGGAAAAGUGGCCCCGCUGGUCUCCCAGGCUUCAGAGGGAGCAGAGGGACCCCUGGUGCAACAGGUCCUGCAGGUCUGAAAGGAGGAGAAGGUGGACCUGGUAUUCCAGGACUUAUUGGAGCAACAGGAGAAAGGGGACCUGCAGGGUCGGCAGGCGCUAUAGGCCAGCCAGGACGGCCUGGCAGCUUGGGUCCCGCUGGACCAAUGGGAGAGAAAGGCGAGCCAGGAGAGAAGGGGCCUGUGGGGCCAGCCGGGCAUGACGGGGAGGUGGGACCUGUGGGGCUGCCAGGAGCUGCAGGAUCUCCUGGGCCGCCAGGAGAGGAUGGAGACAAGGGAGAGAUCGGAGGACCGGGCCAAAAGGGCAGCAAAGGUGACAAAGGAGAAGCUGGACCCCCAGGACCUCUUGGAAUUCAAGGACCUGUUGGCCAGCCAGGACUGACAGGUGCAGAUGGUGAGCCAGGUCCUCGUGGGCAGCAGGGAAUGAAUGGAGCAAAAGGAGAUGAAGGACAACGAGGCUUUAAAGGGGCAUCUGGCCCUUCUGGUCUACAGGGAAUGCCAGGCCCAUCAGGGGAGAAGGGAGAGAGCGGUCACGUCGGCUCAAUGGGUCCUCCAGGACAGCAUGGCCCGAGAGGCCCUCAGGGGCCCAUCGGUGGAGAGGGUGCACCUGGGUUGCCAGGUGGAGUUGGUCAGCCUGGAAACGUUGGGGAGAAGGGUGAGGACGGAGAAGCUGGAGACCCGGGGUCACCUGGAGAGACUGGCAUGCCUGGUUCUAAAGGUGAUGUGGGAGAAAAGGGGGACACCGGCCCUCCAGGUGCUGCUGGGCCUCCUGGACCCAGAGGGACACCAGGGGAGGAUGGAUCCAAAGGCAACCUUGGCCCUAUUGGAUUUCCUGGCGACCCAGGGCCCCCUGGAGAAUCCGGUGUCAAUGGUGUGGAUGGUGGUCCAGGGCCUAAAGGAGACAACGGAGAGACCGGCAAAGCAGGACCUCCGGGAGCCUCAGGGGAGCCUGGUCCUACAGGUCCUCCUGGAAGGAGGGGUCAUAUAGGAGCUGCCGGGAAAGAAGGGAAGCAGGGGAUGAAGGGAGCCAAGGGGACCCAAGGAACCCAGGGACCGGUGGGGAAGACUGGCCCAGUGGGACCUCAAGGACAGCCAGGGAGGGCUGGCCCAGAGGGUUUACGAGGUAUCCCAGGUCCCGCUGGGGAGCAAGGGCUAAAUGGGCCACCAGGACAAACUGGACCACCAGGACCAUUAGGACCUCCAGGACUUCCAGGAUUAAAAGGAGACCCAGGAAACAAGGGAGAAAAAGGUCAUGGUGGGCUAAUCGGCCUUAUUGGCCCACCUGGAGAACCUGGUGAAAAGGGAGACAGAGGCCUGCCAGGCAAUCAGGGAAUACCUGGACCUAAAGGAGAUGAGGGUGUGACUGGUUCACCUGGUCCCACUGGUCCACUGGGGCCUCCGGGUCUGUCAGGUGCACCUGGUGAGAAAGGAUCGAAGGGAGAAAUGGGUGUUGUUGGUCCCAGAGGAGAUACAGGCCCUGCUGGCCCCCCAGGACCCCCAGGAGCCCCUGCAGAAAUGGUUCAGCCCCUGCCGAUCAGGGAGGGGAAACGGAAGAGACGAAGACACGCUGAAAAGGACAGAGGGGCAUCCCCACCCAGGGAGGAGGAUGUGGGUCUGGGUAUAGAUGAAUUACUCCAGGGAGAUCAGCCUCUGGAGGAAGCUGAGGGAAUGGAAGAAGUUUUCGCCAUCCUGUCCUCUAUGAAGACAGAGGUAGAUGUGAUGAGGAGACCCCUAGGAACCUUUGAGAGCCCUGCCCGGACCUGCAAGGAGCUGAUGAUGGUCCAACCCAGCUUUAAAGAUGGGGACUAUUGGAUUGAUCCUAACCAGGGCUGUCACCGAGACUCCAUCAAGGUCUACUGUAACUUUACAGCUGAUGGAGAAACGUGUCUUUACCCUGACAAGAGGAUUGAGAUGGUGAAAUUAGCAGCCUGGAACAAAGAGAAGCCAGGAAGCUGGUACAGCCAAUACAGGAAAGGAAAGCAGUUCUCUUACAUUGACAGGGAUGGGAACCCUGUGCAUGUAGUCCAGCUGACCUUCCUGAAACUACUGAGUGCCACAGCCAAGCAGAGUUUCACCUACACCUGCCAGAACUCUGCAGGCUGGUUUGACAGCAUCACCCGCUCCUACCAGCAUGCACUCCGCUUCAGGGGCAGCAAUGAUGAGGAACUGACACAAGCCAAAAGCCCCUUCAUCAGUGCAGUGCAUGAUGGAUGCCAGUCCCGCAAAGGUCAAGAAAGGACGGUUCUAGAGAUUGACUCCCCCUCAGCAGAGCUGCUGCCUAUUAUGGAUGUGGCUCCAGCAGACUUUGGCAACAGCAACCAGAAAUUUGGAUUUCAGGUUGGACGAGUUUGCUUCAAUGGCUAACAUCAAACCAACGAACAACCAAAAAAUGGACCUUGACAGCAAGUUUUAGUAAGAUAAACUGGACUUUACCACUGUUCUGCCAAGUAAUAUUUAUUAUAUUCUGGUCCUGUAUGAGGUUGGUUUGUGGGACAUUAUUUAAGACUCUUCCACAGCCGAUGAAAUAUGUUCUACGGCUUUACAACGAGAAGAAUGUCAAGAACAAGGACAAGCAACAUCGGUGGGAACAAAGCACAUUUACCAAAGGGAAAAAUUCCAGUUAGAUGUAUUUAAUUUUAAGUGUUUUUUAUGCCACUGUUUGUGUUUGCUGUAUUCUAUAGAUAAUAUGGAGUGCACCUCUUUCUGACUACAAGUCAGACCUGUGUAGAAAAGAAUUGUCCGUCAUUCGGCGGUGUGGGAUCACUGAAGUAGGACUUUUCGUACUAUGGAUGAACUAGUUGCUACCUAAUGUUUUAAAUAGACUGCAGCUGAGUUAAUCUGAGUAAAGAGGUGCUGUCUUACUCAUCUGCAUGCUCAGAUUUCACCCUAAUGACAAUUGCAUAGCAGUUGUGAACUAGCCUAGCAUAUUAAUUCCACACAAGCAAGUAAUUAAUUUCCUGUGUGCAGGAAUGAUAAAUUGUCCUUUUUACCCUUCAACUGCAGUUUGCUCAGUGAAUUACACUGAUUAGUAUUCAAUAGGCAUAGCUAGUUAUUGAACCCAACACUUACUUGAACGGAUAAGGUUGUUUCCUUUAUUGGACUGCCUCCUUCCUUGGGCUUAAUAAUAUGCUUUUUGAACCCUCCAUGUUUUCAAGGACUAAAACUUGCCAUACCAACAUUCUUUCUGUUGAGGUAUUUACUUAGUCUGGCAUACCUCUGCUACUAGGUUGGGGCUAUUUAAGGGCAAGAAUUAAUAGCAUGCUGAUUGAAAAUGUUCUCCAGUCUAGUCUUGUAGUCCUUUAUAGAGAGAGACAUGUCACGCAUCUCUUGAAAGCAUUUUGUAACUGCUGACAUAACCUGUAUUCACUUCCUGGCCAACUCACAGGGUUUUGUUUCUGUUAUUUGUCUCAUGUGUUGAAUUCGAUAGAAUUGUUAGGCUGUUCAUUUGACAUUAUUUGCUCUUCAGUGGUGCUAAAGAUGAUUCUGUUAUUUUUAUGACACUGUAUUUGUGUGUCUUUGGGUGCAGGAUUAUAGGACAAGAGAGGGAGAGGGUUAUUGCUCUUUCAGCAGCACAAAACACCCUCAGAGGCUGGGGACUAGUCUACUGUGUUUUUUGCACAUCUUCUGGCUGAUUGUGCCAAUUUCACAGGGCCAGUGAAAGGAGGGCAGGGACAGUACAAAGCAAUGUGGUUUAUCGCUUUAAAGAGAAAAUCCACUCUGAAAUCACAUUUUGCUGUUCCACUGAUUUUAAACGGUAAAUCCACUCUCUAGAAUACAGACAACUGUCAGCCUAAAUAAGAAAUUACUACAUCAGGACUGGGGUUAUUAUCGGGUAGCAUUUUUAAAUCUUUAUCCGUGGAGGAAUUUUUGUUUCAUUUGAAUACCAUUUACAAAUGUAGAGAUGUGAUUUAAAAUUAUGUCCUCACAUUCAGCCGUGUUAUUCUAUUAUUCACUGUCUGUGGAGCAGCUGCACGAUUCGUUUUUGGAUGACAUUAUUACCACAGUCUGUCUCUGCCUAUCGGCCUGAACUGAUGCUUUAAAUAAACAAACAGAACUGUGAAAUAUCACUGUAACGACAAAUGUAUGUGAUCUUAUUUUACUGCUGAUUUUCCCUUUAGGAAAUUACAUUUCUCAGUGCUCUGCCUGCCUCCUCCAAGUCAAGCAGUAGACUGUCUAUCCAGUGCUUAUUUAGCAACUUAUUCCCCCUGUUCUAUUCGUUUGAUGACAUUUAAACAUUCUCGUUAUCAACCCCACUCUUUCUGUCCCAUCCUGCACUGCCUGUCCUGUGUAUAUUGUUUGUUGAACUAAUUUUAUAAACUGUAAAGUUAUUCUGAGGACUUUAUGAGCAGUAACCAUUUGCCUGUAUGAAUAACAAAUGCAUUUGUCAAAAUUUGACUGGUGAAUCAAAAUAAAUAAGAAAUCCAUC